AUGAAUCAAAAUUCUUCACUUAGUGAUAGAUUAAUUAUCAUUCAUAAUAAAACAACAAAAAUACAAAAGGUUGUGUCUCAAUCAAAAAAAAUACAAUUCUCUUCAUUUUCUAUAACUAAAAGUGAAAUAAAAGAUUGUGUAACUUCUUUUUUGUAUGAAAUUCCAUUAGAUGGUUUUGAUAAACCACGAAGGGUUAUUAAAAUAUUUAAAGAGUUAAUAAAAUUAAAAGAAUUUUAUCAAAUAUCAUUUUCUAAAUUCCCAUUAUUAUCAAAAACUUUACAAAUGUUUCAAGAAAUGUUUUUAUGUAUUCAAAACAAUAAUACAUAUAUAAUAACUGAUUCUUUUGCAACAAAGAAUUUAGUACUAUUACUUAUAUGUAAUGGUUAUGAUUGUGAAGAAUUUUUUACAUUAUUUGAUAAACCAAUUAAUUAUGAUUUAACUAAAUAUUUUGGAUCUGAUUUAGCUCAUUUAACUCAAGAAUAUUUUAGCUUGCAACUAGAACCUCAUUUACCAUUUUUCUUCAAAUAUCCAAUUCUUUUUGAACCUCAUUCAUUUGUAUUAGAAAAAGAUCUAUCUUCUCCUAUCAAACAAGUCCUUUUUUCUCCUCUUUCAUUUGUUCUACCUUUAUUAAAGGACUCUUCUGUUUUUAGACAAUACAUUCCUUCUAAUUUACCGUAUAAUUAUUCAAAAUUAACAGAAAGUGUUAUUGGAUACUCAUUCGGUGAACUUCUUAUAAAGUUAAAAUCAAAUCAUCCAAGAAGAACAAAUCAAACACUUAAUAUUUUAAUUGACAAAUUGGCUCAACAACUUAAAAACAUUAAAAAACCUAUUGUUUGUUAUUUAAAUAAUAAAUUCUUUGUUGAAUGUUAUAAUUAUAAAGACGUUGUUCCAGUUGAUCUUUCAAAACUUGGGAUAUAUCCUGAAAUGGAAGUAAAAGGUAAUGGUGCAGUAGGAAUUGUACAUCGUUCUAAAUGUGGUAAAUAUGCAUUAAAAAUGUGUAACCCACAAAAGCUUGCAUCAACACUGAGGGAGGUUAGAGUAUUAAGAAUGUUAGAUCAUCUAAAUGUACUUAAGUUUAUAGCAUAUUCACCAAAUAUUAUAGUUACUGAAUGGUGUUAUUAUGGUACAUUGGAUAAUUUUAUUAAACAAAAAAAUUUUAGUCAUUAUCUUUUGCCAUUGCCAUAUUUUUUUCAUUUUGUUUCUCAAUUUAAUAAUGGAAUGAAUUAUUUAUUGAAAGAUGUACAAUUAGUUCAUAGAGACAUUAAAUAUCAAAACAUCCUUAUUACUGUUGAUCCAAAUUCAAGUGGUCCAGAGCCAAUAAACCUCUUACUCAAAAUUGCUGAUUUUAAUACCUCACGAGAAAUUAGUGAUAUAAUGAAAACUAAAUGGGGAACAGAAAGUAUGAUGGCUCCAGAAAUUAAAAAUGGAUCUUUUUACACCUCCAAAGCAGAAAUGGUUCUUAUUGGGUUAUUUCUUCAUUUUCUUUUAUCUGGUGUCUCUCAUCCUAAACCAAAAUUGAAAAUAGGUUCUGAAACUAUUUAUGAUGUUUCAUUUUGUGAAGUAACACGUAGAAUUAAUCCAUAUUUAUAUGACUCUAUGUAUGAACUUAUUUCUAUGAUGGUUAUUAAUAAAUUAGAUAAGAGAAUUGAUUGGGAAGAGUAUUUACUUAGAUAUUCUAUGAUUUACAAUAAUUUUACAAAAAAAAAAUAA